AUGUCGAAUUUGUUUAAACAAGAACGAUUUUUGGUGGCGGGAAAUUCGAGUGGGGUUGAUUCGUCUUUGUGGUGGGUUCCUUUGACUUAUUCCACGAAAAACGAUGGAAUUGAACGAAAAACUUGGCUUAAAUCGACUCGGGAAAUCACGAUUAAUUCUGAUUUAUCACCGGAUGAGUGGUUGUUGGUUAAUUUGAACCUCACGGGGUAUUACAGGGUUAAUUAUGAUGAAAAGAAUUGGUACCUUUUGAUUGAGGAGAUUAACUCGAAGGAGGGAUUUCCUAUCAUUACAGUUACAAGAAAUUACAAAAAUCGAUUAAUUAAGUUUAAACAAGAACGAUUUUUGGUGGCGGGAAAUUCGAGUGGGGUUGAUUCGUCUUUGUGGUGGGUUCCUUUGACUUAUUCCACGAAAAACGAUGGAAUUGAACGAAAAACUUGGCUUAAAUCAACUCGGGAAAUCACGAUUAAUUCUGAUUUAUCACCGGAUGAGUGGUUGUUAGUUAAUUUGAACCUCACGGGGUAUUAUAGGGUUAAUUAUGAUGAAAAGAAUUGGUACCUUUUGAUUGAAGAGAUUAACUCGAGAGAGGGUUAUUUAAAAUUUGACCCAAAAAAUCGAGCCCAACUCUUAGACGAUUCUUUUAAUUUAGCCAAUGGGGGUUAUUUGGAUUACUCAAUUGCUUUGAAUGUUACUAAAUAUCUGAUUUAUGAGAGGGAUGCGAUUCCGUGGAAGACUGCUUUUAUUACAAUCGAGUAUUUGUACAACAUUUUUGGCAGAACGGGACAUUUCGACUUAUACAAAAAAUACGCCUUAUAUUUACUUCGAAACCUCUACGAGGACAUCGGAUUUUACGAAAAGCCCUCAGAUUCGCCACUUUUAACCCAAACCCGAGCUUUAUUAUUGAUGACAGCUUGCAAGUUGGGUUAUAAAGAUUGUAUUAUUAAUUGUAUUAAUGAAUUCCAAAAGUGGAGGAGUUCUGCAGAUCCUGAUCGAAAUAAUCCGAUUUCUGCAAAUUUAAGAGGAACGGUUUAUUGUUAUGCAAUUCGAACUGGUGGGCAAGAAGAAUGGGAUUUCGCUUGGGAGAGAUACUUAAAAACGGAAGUGGCUGCUGAAAGGGAGCUUUUAAUGACUGGAUUGGGGUGUUCUCGAGAACCUUGGAUUUUGAGGCGAUAUUUGGAGUGGGCUGUGACGGAAAAAUCGGGAAUUAGAAAGCACGAUGCGAUAAGGAUUUUUGUUAGCAUCACUGAUAGUAUUAUUGGGCAACAUAUUGCUUAUAAUUUCUUGAAAACCGAUUGGGACAGGAUCAAAAAGUACAUGGGUUCCACAUUAAUGUCUGGAAUUAUUCGCGAGUGCAUCACCUUGUAUCCAACACAAGAAGAAUUAGACGAUAUUAAAAGUUUAGUGUCGAAGAGAAAAGAAGAAUUCUCGGUUUUCGGUCGAUUAAUAAACCAGCUGAUCGAAAAGGCAGAGGCGAAUUUAAUUUGGAGGAAGACAAACUUGGAUAAAAUCAUUUUGUGGCUUUCAACGCACGAUUAUAAUAGUUAGUAUUAAAAUAAGACUGUAAUGUUAAAUUAAUUUUAAUUUUACAAUUUUUAAUAUUUUUUUUUAU